ACACAUCAAGAUGGGGGAUCACAUUUCAAAUUAAAGGCAAGAAGACAGGAUUAUAGAAGAACGCUAACGACCACAAAAAUAUAUUGGUUACACUUGCAACAUUUAACUGAUGUACUCUAAAUAGAUGCAUGCAUGGUCGCUACAUUUCUUAAAAGCGUCAAAAUCAUCACUUUCAAUUUUUUAAGACAAUGCUUAAAGCAAAGAAUAACAAAUGGUUUCUUUUUCAAAUGCUUUUGGUCGUGACCCUGGAAACAAAGGGCAAUGAAACAGAUAACCUAAGAAACGUUUUGGAUAACAAGAUAAACGUUGAGAGUCAAGAGAUACCAGGAGUAAAGAAAACUACUGUGUUACACAAGAUUUGUAGGAAAUUCAACAAAAUAUCAAGACACGCAACAAAGCAAAUUAACACGAUUAGACACACCUGCGGUGUACUGUACGGCAAUGAUGAGCAAUACAUCAAACAGUCAAAAAAAGUGGCAGACGUAAUUCAAAAUAGUCACAAAUCAAAGGAUAGUCUUCAAAAACAAAGAGAAAAACUUAUUGAAGAAGUGAACAAGUUGGCAAAAUUAUCAGGCCCAUUGCCCAAGUUAAGAUUGACGGGUUGAAUAUUUCUUAUUUAGAAAUAAAGUCAACUACAAUUACAUCAGUAUAAGUACAUGCUAAAAACAUUCCUCUGACUUUGUAAGACAGGACAUCUGCAUGAUUCUUCUUCUAAAACAAUAAUUUUUCUUUAAAUUUUCCAUGUGUAAAGUUUACCCUUUUUUAUUGAAAAUUCAUAUUAGUUUAAACAUUUUGUAAUUUUAGAAAUUGUGUGCUUGCCUAUAUGUUUCAAUGCGAAAAAUACAGACAUGCUGGAGAAGAAAAA